UGUAGUUAGUGUCAUUGUUAUUACUGAAGUGAAGACAUAGUUUCGGGUUUACAGAUUUUGGAAAACUUUUGAAAAUGGCAGAAUCAACUUUAAAGAAAAAUGGGCAUCUCGAAUGCAGCACUCAAGAAAGGUUUACAUAUUUCAAGAAAGAGGAAUUUGAAGUAGAUUGGGAGAAGGUGUCUGAAGGGAAGUUCAGUCGUGUGUACAAAGUCAAGCUCAAGCUGUGGCGGGAAAAAUGUGCCAUUAAGACUUUCAUCACUGCCAGCGAUUACAGGAAUGUUUUGCAGGCUUUCAAAUUAGGGAGCAUUCAAUUUAAAUACUUGAUGAGUAUUUAUGGGCUGUACAAGGACUAUUCCGCAGUGGUGAUGGAGUACAUGAGUAGAGGAUCCCUGGAUAAUCUUCUAACAACUCAUACACUUACAUGGCCAAAGAAGUUUCAGAUGAUCCAUGAGAUUGCCAUUGGCAUGAACUUCCUGCACACCAUGAAGCCACCUCUUCUCCAUCUGAACUUAAAGUUAUCCAACAUUCUUCUCGAUGCUCAUCUUCAUGUUAAGAUUUCAGAUUUCGGGAUAAUUCAAUUCGACGACUCAUUCGUUGAGCAUUUGGUUGCAAGAGGAAACAUUAGCUACGUCCCACCAGAGACCUUCAGCCAGAACCCUGAAGCUCCUACUUCCAAAUAUGAUGUUUACAGCUUCGCCAUCAUGAUGUGGGAGAUUCUGACGCAGAAGAGGCCGUACUGUGGAAUGAAUAUGACUGAAAUAUUGAUCAGGGUGACAUCUGGCAAAAGGCCUAAUGCGGAGAAGGUCCCAGAUGACAAGCCUCCUGAGUGUGAAGAGAUGAUCAGCAUAAUGCAACAAUGUUGGUGCCAGGAUUCGAGUGAACGGCUUUCUUUUUCUGAGACAGUGUGCAUGACUGAAGCUCUAAGCGAGGCCCUGAAACUCCCAGACAGUAUUCCAGGCGGGGAGAUGAAGAAAAGGUCAUGUAAAUUUGAAAAGCCUCUGCCAUCCUUGAAUAGAGGAGAUUCAAGCGAUACACCCGAUGGACAACAUCCAGAGAAUGACGUUGUGUUUUACUUGAAACGCAAAGACUUUGAAACCUUUAAGAACGUCCUAAAGAAGGAGCACGUCUCAACAGUCUUCAAAAAUGACAACUCGCUCCUUCACCAUGCUGUCGCCAGCGGCAAUGCUGAAUCUGUGAGGCUGGUGUUAAAUCACGGGGCAUCUGUGAACUGCCAAAAUGCUAAUGGAUACACGCCGCUUGUUGUUGCAUUGCUGAAAAAGUUUCAUGAGAUCUGUGGCCUGCUUGUUGAAUGUGGUGGUGACGUCAACCUCCCUGAACAGGACCUGUGGACGCCACUACAUUUUGCGUCCCAGAAUGGAGACGACCGGGCAGUGCGUCUCUUACUAGAUGCCAAAGCGAGUGCCUGCGUAAAAGACAAAGAUGGAUGGACACCUCUUCACCUCGCAGCUCAAAAUGGUCAUGAGAAUGUCGUGCGCCAUCUUCUCUCACGCUUGAGCAAUGUAGACGAACAAGAAGAACGAUCCGGAAGGACGGCGCUCCACAUGGCCUGCGAGUACGGUCAUCUGAGCAUAACUAAGAUCUUACUUGUAAAAGGAGCCGAUCCAAACAAGACGGAUUACACUCAAGCCACCGCUCUGCACCUCGCAGCCGACCAUGGCCAGUUUCGGGUAGCACGGUUACUAGUAACCAACAAAGCAGAUGUAAAGUGCAAAAACAAACAGAGUUACACCGCUCUGCAUUUUGCAGCCCUCCGAGGCUGCACAGGCAUCUGCAGGCUCCUGCUGAGUCAUGGUGAGGAAGCGAAUGUCAUGACAUCACAGAAAUGGACACCCAUGCACCUGGCUGCGCUCAAGGGACACUCAGAGACUCUGUUGGUCCUGGAGGAGAACGGUGGCUCUGUGGACGCACAAGGUGAAAGAGGUUGGACGCCGCUACACCUCGCAUGCCACCACCGACAUGAUGAAGUUGUCUCGGUGCUGAUCAAUGCCGGCGCCAACCCAAACAUCUCUGAGGAUGGAGGUUGGACGCCUCUGCACUUGGCGUGCCACAAUAGUGGCUUUGCCAAUGUGCUCUUGCUCAUUGCUGGGCACGCCAACGUCAACGUGCAAAACGGCAGCAAGGACACGCCGCUGCAUCUGGCUGUGCAGUCAAGCAGUGUUCCAGUUGUUAAAGCCCUGCUAAUGAAUAAUGCGCAUAAGGACAUAGCCAACUCCAAAGGGUAUACGGUAUUAGAUUUGGCUCAGAAAGGCAACAACGAGGAGAUGGUGCAGUUACUAAAGCACUAAAAGACUUGGUGAGGCAACGUCUAUGACUAGGACAGACAUUUAGCUCCACACCUAACAACAACUAUCAACAAGCAAAGACAAAGAAGGGCUGCAUUGAUCUUGACUAUUGAUUGCGUCGCUCUGCAUAUGAUUUUCCUGUUAAAAAUAUUCCUAUUGAUUGGACUCAGGGGCAUUUUUUUAAUGCAAUGAAAAUGCCUUCCUCAGGUUAUGAAUAAUUUUUAAGCAUGCUUUCUCUAAACUGUAAUUGUAAAUAGUUCAAUAUAAGUUCAGAGCACUUUUUUGUCACAAUUGCAUGAACUACUAUGUCAGGGAAUCAUUUACUACAAACACCUAGAUUAUCUCUACCUUUGGAUAAAGAUCAUUCUUAACAUUCCAUUGCUUUAAAAGUAUGUGCAUAGCAUAAAUUUCACAACUGCUCCGACUGCAUUCUUCUCUCUUCUACUUUUGGCUACAGUACGCCUUCAAAUGUCAGCAUUGUAUUUUUUUUCUCUCAUAAUUUUAAGAAAGCACUGCUUGAAUAUGAGAACCUGAACUAAUGAAAAAUCUAUCCAUUCAAAUUCCAUUCAAGUAAAAAUGAAGCAAACCGUGCCUAAUAACAAGUCUAGGGACUUGUCGAAACAUGCAGCAGAUACACAAUGACUCAUAGUUUCACAGCAAUCUUGCUGAAUCAUUUUUACAUACAAGUUUUGUUUUUUUAAGCCGAAAAGCCUCCCUGAGCAAUAAUAAUCAUUUAAUGAAAGAGCAAGCAUCUAUCAUGCAUGAUAUACAGCCUGCACUUUACUUUAAAGAGAAAAGAGAUGCCAAUAUGAGAACCAAAGCAAUAAACAUGGGGAAGGUUAUAAGAUGAAGGUUUAAAGUAUAACACAUCACAUUCAAAAUACUUUAGCAAAACUAGCAAUGCAAUCAGUCAUGGUGACAUUUUAAAGACUAAGUGAUUAGGAGUAGCACACGCUAAUGAUACAAACGAUAAAAAGGGCAUUUCAUUAAAAUGUACUUUUCUUAAUUCUGAAGAUAAACCGAAGGCCAUAGCUUUGGAAUUUAAAACCUUAAACAUUUAGAAUGCAAUGUUACACAGUUAUAUGACCUUGACACAAUGCCGUCUGUCUCUGAGAAACUUCAAAACGUUGCUAUGCACUCCAUAGAAACCUGUUUGAGGUCAAACGGAUGAAGGAGCUGGUUUUACUGUUCUCGAAGGCAACCGAGUGUCAGGUGACAAGACCGCUGUUAUAUAAGUGCAACAUAAUGCAAGUGACAUAAUAACAUGAUGGCCUAGAAAACAUCUAAAUAGGAGUGUAAAUGAAUUCACUAUUGAUGUUUUAUUUAUUUCUCUGUAACGAAAAGACCGUGUAAGAUUUUGUCAUUAAAACAAGCCUUUACAGCAAACAUUUGCACGUUAUUACACGUUCUGGGUGUAUCAAAAGAGAAGAGCUAAUGAAUCAGCUGUAUUGCACAAUACACACAUUAUAAUAUAAUAAGUGUCAUCUUGAUAUUUUCCUACAUACAUAUACACAGUAUAUUACAAUUAUUUAGAAUAACUAUAUUGUGACGGUGUAUCUCCUUAAUUUCUUGAGUUUUCAGACUGAAACUGGCUUUAAAAUCUUUAAUAAUAAUAAACAACAAAUCCUUAGCUUCCUGAUGCUCACUGACAAAUUUCCCCCAAAGGAGAACCAGAGAUAUUGAUUGGGUCCAGACUGUUGGCUUUAGCAAGAGGCUUGUUUUAUUAUGCUUGUCAAAUGCUAACUAGAUGCCCUAUUAAAUCACAGCACCAUCUAAAACCCCAUUUCAGUGCCUUGUGCUCGUUUGUGCUUCAAAUUUUAUUUUUUUUAUUUUGUUUGUGUAAAGCUAGUGGUUUGGUGCACUUUUUGUUCAUAGUUCCACAGAAUUAGUUUAGGCUGUCAAUUAUACCAUUUUAUUAAUACUAAAAUAUCACUAAUGCACUAUAUGGACAAAAGUAUUGGGGCACUUUUGUGGUUCCUCCCCAAACUCUUACCACAAAGUUGAAGGCACCCAACUG